AUGGACUCUAAGAUAACUCAUGUUGAUAGAGAAGAAAAACUUGAUCGUGAGAGAACCAGAUUAAGAGCUUAUAGACAGAACAAAGCCAGCAAUUUGACAAAGGAAGAGAGAGCAGAAAGACACAAGAGUGAACGUUCAAGAAUAAAAGACGUGAGAGAAAAACAGGAUAGUAACAUGAAUGAGGAGGAGAGAGCAGAAAGACACAGGAGUGAACGUUUUAGGAAAAAAGACAAUAAAAGACGAGAGAAAAAACAGGAUAGUAACAUGAAUUAGGAGCAGAGAGCAAAAAGACACAAGAGUGAACGUUCAAGAAUAAAAGACGUGAGAGAAAAACAGGAUAGUAACAUGAAUGAGGAGGAGAGAGCAGAAAAACCCAGGAGUGAACGUUUUAGGAAAAAAGACGUGAGAGAAAAACAGGAUAAUGUUACUGUGAAUGAGUUCUGGGAACAGCAAAGCCGUGAUUCAGAUCCUGAAACAUGGGCAGCAGCUACAUCUGAAGACCUCAAGGAAGAUGAAGAUGAUUCUGUCUCAGACAGUGAGGUGAUAGGCAGUGAAGAUGAGGUGGAAGCUCAGAAACCUGAGGAGUUUCAGACUUAUGCAGGAACUGAUCCCAGCAACCUCAGCAAUCUACAAGAGGAGAACCAAACUCGACAUUUCCAAGUUGAGAGAAAUAUCUCACUAAUGCCUGAGGAAGACUACUUUGCCCUUGUAUCAACCUUCAACCAGAAGCAGAGAGACAUGUUUGAUUUCUAA